GGGGAGAGCCGGUCCUUUUCCCUCUGGUGCUUCAUCGCGUCUCUCUCAGUUGCCAAUCCAUAUCCAGGCAUCUGUGCCCCGUCUUUGUUUGGGAGCCGUUAGACUUGUUUUUUGUCACUGCUGUUGCUUGCGUUAUCCGCUCUAUCCCCCCAUCAUUGUCGCCGAACUCCGCUCCUCGAAUAACAGAAGCCUGUUGCAGUUCUUCGCUGCGUCGCUCGUCUGAAUAUAACUAUCUCUCCUCAUGUCAUUAUUCGGCACAUCCCCAGAGGACUCGCCCGGGGGUCAAUCCGCCCUGCGAUCCAAGUCCUCUCUUUUCGCCGACGAACCCUUCGGUGGUGGUAAUUCCGCCCUGGGCUCGUCCUCCCUAUUCGCAGACGACGACGGUUCGAGCUCGCCAUGGAACAACAACGCAAGCAAGCGGACCGCCCGACAUGAGAUCGUGAAAACGUUACUGCCCGAGUCAGAUGUUCCCGAAAACUACAUUGAUACCUACGACUUGGUGCUAUCGGGUGGAGAUCGCGUCGGCGCCCGGGUGGGCUUAACCUCCGUUCGGGAAAUUCUGUCGGGCAGCGGACUAAGCGCCACCGAUCAAGCGAAGAUUCUCAAUCUCGUUGUUACGGGCGACGGUGAUGACGCGAAUGGCCUGGGUCGUAGCGAAUUCAAUGUGCUGUUGGCACUUGUGGGUCUUGCGCAGGAAGGCGAGGAUUUGACGUUUGACGCGGUGGAUGAUCGACGCAAAAAGCUUCCGACUCCUCGGAGCUCAUAUUUUGAUGCACUGCACGCGAAACAGGAAUCGGCCACCUCCGAUCAGCCCGCCGAACGACCCGCCACGCCCCCUUCCCGCUCCACGCAAGUCCGGGAGCCGAACUCCGCACAUUCCCGCAGAUCAGGUCGAGAAACAUUGGGUGGCCUCGAGUCCGACCCUUGGGGUAGUCCGGAGCUUCACCGCGACCAUGCCCAUGCGCAAACGGAAUCCAGCCACCCGGUGUUGAAUGGAUACGGGAGCGUGCGGUCGACGACGAAUGCUUGGGCCAGUCGCCCCGGGGAGGAGGGCGGCCGAAAUGAGGUGACAUCAAGUCACCGCGCAAAUGGUCAAACGGAUACGGAAUCUGCUGCCAGCAGCGCAGGGUUCGGCUGGGGCGGAAGCUUCGGCAAUCCGUCCGAUGCGGGUGGGCUUGGAGGCGGGCCUGUCCAAGCUGGACUUGGUGGCUUUGCACCUUCGGGCAAUGACCAAGGCGAGUCAAAUGCUCGUCGCCGGUCUCUGGGAAUUGGCCGUGUGGCCAGUCCACACCUGGAAGAGCUGAUCACGGUCACUCUGCUACCGGAGAAGGAGGGCAUGUUUAUGUUCCAGCAUCGCAACUACGAGGUGAAAUCCGCCCGUAGAGGAAGCACCGUCAUCCGACGCUACAGCGAUUUUGUCUGGCUCUUGGAUUGCCUUCACAAACGAUACCCAUUCCGACAAUUGCCCCUUCUCCCCCCGAAGAGAAUCUCAGUCAAUGGCACUCACCUUGCAGCGGACUCUACAUCAUUUCUCGAAAAGCGACGUCGCGGACUCGUUCGGUUCAGCAACGCCCUUGUUCGGCAUCCGGUUCUCAGCCAGGAACAGCUGGUCAUCAUGUUUUUAACCGUGCCCACGGAGCUUUCUGUGUGGCGGAAGCAAGCCAACCUCUCGGUUCAGGAUGAAUUCACCGGCAAAGCUCUUCCUCCCGACCUAGAGGACUCGCUCCCGGCUACUCUCACGGACACAUUUGAGACGGUGCGAGGCGGCGUCAAACGGUCGGCCGAGGUGUACAUCAAUCUUUGCACGCUGCUUGACCGCCUGGCCAAGCGCAACGAAGGGCUGGCUGCGGACCAUCUACGGUUUUCGCUUGGACUGCAAUCGCUCACGGAAGUGACUCGGGACACCUAUGCUAUCGACACCAACGACGUCCCUCUGCUGAACGAGGGCAUCAAAGCCACCGCCAGCCAUCUGUCGGCGAGCCAAAGCCUGCUCGAGGACGAGGCACGGGCGUGGGAGACGGGGAUUCUGGAGGACCUCAAGCGCCAGCGGGACUGCCUGGUCAGCGUGCGGGAGAUGUUCGACCGACGAGACCGAUAUGCGCGCAGUAAUAUCCCCCAGCUGGAGCGACGCAUCGAGACCAACGAACGGAAGCUGCAGGACCUGCGGACUCGGCCCCAGGGCACCGUCAAGCCGGGCGAGAUCGAGAAGGUGGAGGAAUCGAUUUUCAAGGACAAGGAAUCGAUUGUGCAGCAACAUGCACGCGGGGUGUUCAUCCGGGAAUGCAUCCGUGACGAGCUGGUGUAUUUCCAACAGAGCCAAUAUCACAUCAGCCGCCUGCACCAGGACUGGAGCCAGGAGCGGGUCAAAUACGCGGAACUGCAGGCUGACAACUGGCGGUCCUUGAGUGACCAAGUGGAAGGGAUGCCGCUGGGGGACUGAUCGAGUGACGAGUUGAUUGGUCGAGGAGUUCUGAUUUGCCAUCUGACGGGUCAUUUUUUGCUUUCCAAGUCGAGGUUUUUUCUGCGUUUGACGGCGCCUGUCGAUGCUCAGCCGUGUGACACUUUAGCCGGAUACAUUGUUGAUUUUGCUCGUUCCCCAUUUCGAUUACGUGCGACAUAUUUUGGAGACUGAUCUAAAUUUGACUGUUCUCGGGCAGCGGUCGCUGCAGGCGACAUAUCUGACCGGCGUCUUGGUGC